AUGGCCGGAAGGGCGGGAACGCGGCCAGGCUGGCGGACGCGGACUGGACGCCGCGCCGCGCCGCGCCGCGCGCGCGCCGCGCCGCGACGAACCAAAUCUUCGACCGACAGACGGCGACGGGGGCGUCAGAUCUCCCGCGCGCGGCUCGCGGCUCGCCGCGCCCGACGCCGCGAGCGCCCUCGCGCGCGACCGCGCGUCGCGGCGGCCGCGGCGCGCGUCGUCGACAUGGCGUUCACCGGCCAGGGCGCGACCGCGUACACGAUGCCGAAGAGACCGAGCGAGGAGAUCGUCGACCGAAUGGUGCGCAGAGGCAUCGCGCGGUCGUCCGACGCGCUCCCCGCGGUCGCCGCGCCGGGUCUCAUGCCGCGGGACAAGCCCCCGGUCCUCGCCGUGGACGGGCACGCGGACGGCGGGACGUACCUCGCGGCGUCGCAGAACGGCAGAGGCGGCGCGGAGGAGGAGGCGGGGUACAAGAGAGAGGCGAGGUUGCUCGCGUUGAGAGCCUUGGAUCCGAAAGUGCGCGCGAAGCUCCAGAAGCUGCGCGCGGAGAGGACGGCAGGUGGGGGUGGGGGGGAUAGUGAAGACGACGACGACGACGACGACGACGACGACGACGACGACGGGGGGGGCGACGUCGAGAGGAAGAGGAAGAGGUCGUCGAAGGGGAAACGGAAGCGGCGGCGGGAGAUGGAACGCGGCGACAGCUCGAGCUCGUCCUCGUCGUCGUCCUCCUCCUCCUCUUCGUCGUCGUCGUCGUCUAGUGAGGAGCGUAAACCGUCGAAGAUGACGCGCGAAGAGCUCGAGGCGGAGCUCGCGAGGAUACGACGGAAGAACGACCGGAGCGAGGAACAACGCGGCGGCGGCGGCGAGAAGAGAAGGAUGAAAAAGUCGUCCAAGUCGUCGAGACGGCGGCGGCGGAAGAAGAAGUCGAGGUAGGGCCUCGUCCUCGGAGGCGCGCUGUGGUCUACUGUACACCUAGCUACUAGCGAGACGUCGAUCGUCGCGUGCGAAACGAUGCGAUACCCUCACGAUAAA